GCGGCAGAUUCAGUGUUGUUGUGCGGUCCUGAGAAGCUACAGCUGUGAUUAUGAUUGAAUAUAAUGGAGAAAAUGGAAGGAUCACGGACUGCGAUUACUGAGUACUUCUACAGAGAUUUGGACUGGACGUAAAAAUGCCACAGCGUUUUGAUUUCGCUGCAGAUGUCGAUUUUUUCUGGAUAUAACGCAGUGAAGUUACAGGAAUCUUUGUCAUCCCGGACUGAAGAAAGACAAGGGGGCCUGAAAUUACACGGACGUCCGUUGAAGUUGAGCUACGGGGUGCGCUAGCUGAGUUAGCUUUUAGCUUGCUGUGGAAUACCAACAUUCCUCUUUUAUCCACUGCGAAGCAGGGUUAUAACGAGUAAUGCAGUGUUAUAUGUGGCAGUGUGUAGCGUGGCAUAACGCAUAACCAGUGACAGCGUCUUUAAAUUACUAACAUCUCUGAUAACUGUUUUGGUAACGUUAGCAACAGUGGUAAUAGCUAAGCUAGCUAGCUCUCUGGCAGGACUAGCUUGUUGUUCCCCUGCUAACUUAGCCAGCAAGCUUCUCUUGAUUGGGAGCAAAAAGACAGAGUUACACCUUCCAUUUUUUAAUUUGUUAGCUUCGUAGAAAAUACGUCCCAUCAGAAAUAUUUGCUCCUAAUAUUUGCAAAGUGGUACUAGCCACCUAUCUUAUUAUAAUUACCACUCCAGACAAUAAGCAUGUUUUUCCUCCCUACACCCAGCCUCCAAGAGUCAUCCCGUCCAGAUUCAGCUUUGGUUACUCUUUAAACGUCUGGGCUCCUUCUCUUUAAAAGAUGCUAAUCUGUCACUAAGAUAAAGAGUUGUUAGCUCAAGCAGGAAUUUAAGUCUCAGAUUGUGGUUUCAUCUAUUUAUAAGCUGUCAGUCCAGAGUUUGAAAGCCAAUUGUUUAUGGGUAGGUAAAGUUUUCUCCUCCACUGAGCAACACUUGUGUCCAGACUAUUUUUCUUAUCUGUAAUUUUAGCAAUAAGGAUGUUUUGUUUUCAGAAUCACAUUUUUGGCAUCCAGCUAUUUUUUCAAGGAAGACAUUCCCCUGAGACUGUGUUGUUGGCCCAAAUUUAGUCUGAAAAUUUCCAACCCGACACACAGUUUGGGAGGCUGUUAAAGUUACCAGGCAAACAAGGACUUCAUGCUGGUGGACCCCCAUUCAUCAAGUUCAUGGGACAACAAACAUUGCUUUUGUUUUGGCGAGUAGAAUAACACACAAGGGGAUUGGUUGGUCACCCAUCCUUUUGUCAACGGGGGAAGUUUACAGUCACUCAUCUUCAGCAUCCGCUGCCCCCGGGCUCAGAUGUGAGACGCGAUGGGCAGCCAGGGCAGCCCAGUGAAAAGCUACGACUACCUGCUCAAGUUCCUGCUGGUCGGAGACAGCGAUGUGGGCAAAGGAGAGAUCCUGGACAGCCUGCAGGAUGGAUCGGCCGAGUCCCCGUACGCUUACAGUAGUGGUAUUGACUAUAAAACCACCACCAUUCUUCUGGACGGGAGGAGAGUGAAGCUGGAGCUUUGGGACACAUCCGGACAGGGCAGGUUCUGCACCAUCUUCCGCUCUUACUCCCGCGGGGCUCAGGGGAUCCUGCUGGUGUAUGACAUCACUAACCGGUGGUCCUUUGAUGGGAUCGACAGGUGGAUCAGAGAGAUUGACGAGCAUGCUCCAGGCGUGCCCCGAAUCCUCGUCGGUAACCGUCUGCAUCUGGCCUUCAAACGGCAAGUUCCCACCGAGCAGGCGAGGGCGUACGCCGAGAAGAACGGCAUGACCUUCUUCGAGGUGAGCCCGCUGUGCAACUUCAACGUCAUCGAGUCCUUCACAGAGCUGUCGCGCAUCGUCCUGAUGAGGCACGGCAUGGAGAAGUUCUGGAGGCCCAACAGAGUGUUCAGCCUGCAGGACCUGUGCUGCAGAGCCAUCGUGUCGUGCACGCCGGUCCACCUCAUCGACAAGCUCCCGCUGCCCGUCGCCAUCAAGUCCCACCUCAAGUCCUUCUCCAUGGCUAACGGCAUGAACGCCGUCAUGAUGCACGGACGCUCGUACUCGCUGGCCAACCCGGCCGGCGGCUCCAAGGGCAACAGCUUGAAGCGCUCCAAGUCCAUCCGUCCGCCGCAGAGUCCGCCGCAGAACUGCACCCGCAACAACUGUAAAAUCUCCUAAUUAACGGCCUCCUCGGGGGGGUCCGUAAGAGACGGAGGACGAGCGGCAGCGUGGAUCAGGAGACAGAUGUACAGGAUGUUGUUAGCUGGAGGAGAGCAGCUCAUCCCUGAACCUGAAGAGCUGAAGAGCAGGAAUGAUGGAUAAAGGGAUGAAUGAGUGCUCCCUCUCACCUGCAUGAGAUCAUGUCAAAGAGCAUGAAGUACUUUCCAGGUGAGGGGGGGGGCUCGAGCGGGGCCUCCAGCUACCGCAGGAGAACGACUACAAACAUUUCGGUCCCACAGACCUGAUUGUCACUACGACCAACGGCUGAAGGAGAGAAAGAGACUCCAGCCUCCCUCCUGUCUGCUGGAGUGUUAAUGACAUGUACAGGAAUCUCUCACCACCUCCACCAUAUUUAGUUCCUCUACGUGAUGCACGCCACUCAUCGUGACUGUUCGUCACAGAAAUCACCUCAAGAUCAAUUCUUCACUUUUAUGUCUCACGUUUCUUUCUUUCCUCGGUCUGUCCGGUUAUGAUUCCACCUCUUUCUGUGCACACGUCGGUUUAUUUGCUGUUUUAAUGACCAAUAAGCUAAUGAUCGAGACACUAGAAACCAGUCAGUCCUCCACUGGCCAUCGUUUAUCAGCCGUCUGAACACUCACAGGUUAGAUGGCUGAUCUACACAUGCUGAGGGGAAAUCUUUUGAUGACAUGAGUGAAGGUUCCCUUCCAUUGACCCCCCCCCCCCGAAAUCCUGAAAGCCCAACCUGAAGCAGAUCUCAGGUCCAGACUUGCUAGUGUGCCUUGAGUCUGAUAUAAACGAAGUGUGAGCAUCGACAAACACACGCUGCGUUUUUAAUGAGCCGCUUCACCUGCACAAAACACGACCACGAGUAUUAAGUCCAACCCCCCAGUAACCACACAUCACAGCUUUAGGUUUUAUUUAUAGGGAUCCUGUGAUGAUUGUUGCCAUGGAUACCACCCAAAGCUGUAAAAAGUAAAGAAUGUGAGGUCUCUCCUCACUUCAUUUUUAACUUGAUGCCAGUUGAUGAAGUUUAUUCAACAAGGUGAAACCAAGCUGGAACAAAACGAGAGCAGUGAAGUGGAGCAGAGCAACUGGACGAGGCUGGUGAGAGUCUGUCGCUUUCAUACAGACUAUCAAAGCUUCUGGGAGUUGUAGUCUUGGGAUGCCGCCUUUUAAUUUUCCCGACACUUCCUCCAAAAAACAAACAGAAUAUUUGAGGUUUCCGAUUGUUGUUUGGAAAAAAACAAGUUAUUUGAAGACGUCUGCUUGAGCUCUGGGACAGUUUUCACUCUUUUCUGACAGUUUAUAGACAAAACGUUCAGUUGUAAAAAUAAUUGAGAUGCUGCUUGAUAGUUAAUUAAUAAUGCAGCCUGAUCCUGGAGUUUCAGUGGAUAUAUGAGUUUAACACUGAAAGGAUUUUGGCUGGAAUAUCACUUUAACUGUCCUGUGUCAAAUAUGAAAACCAGUAAGUGUGAUACACACGUUAGCUCACCCAGUUCCUGUUUCUCAGUGGUAUGUGGCCCAUCCCUCCCGGUCAUAGUGUGCACUAAUGUGUUUUCCAUACAUUCGUUUCAGUGUUAGACGUGGAGGGAGCCUGCAGGAGGAGGAGGAGGCUCAGGUUUCUGUAGCUCCUGGUGUUUGGCCGUCCUUAGACGAUGAGAUGAUGAUGGCGAGGGCGCCGGUGAGAGACCCGCUCAGUGUAAACAGAAACCGGUCAGAGUAGCUGUGCUGUGUUGUUGUGUUGACAGUAAACAGCAGUUUCCUCUGAAUCGCACUCACUCACAUUAUGAGCAGCUGCUGUUUUCCCUCAGUUUUACCUGAAAGGACCAAACCGGUGGAUCGAUAGAACUGUUCAAACUUUCAAUCAGUUCAUUUAUCAGGCAAAAAUACUCAACAUCUGCUGUUUUCAACAUUAAUAACUGUGAUCAUUUGCAGUUUAAUGGAAUAUCUUGGGUUUUUGGACUGUUCAGGCAUCAGUCUGAUGGGUACAGUAUCGGGCCGUGGAUGGUUGUGUUUGUUAGUUUUGGGCUUUUCGUUGCAUUUGUUGACAGUCGGAACAUUUUGGAGUCUCACCUGCCUUUUCUUUGACGUAUGAGCACGAUUUGACACGUGUAAAUAACAAUAUAAUGAAGUCGUGGUUAUGAGAGAACAGUUAACGGCUUUAAGAUAUCAGCAGAAACGCGUUUCCCUUGUUGUUCUCACUCCGUGCUGCAUUUGAGUCCAGUGGGAAGAACAGCAGCUUCGGCCGGACGAGCUGUAAAUAAACGUGUUGCUGUCUAACGAACGUGUGCGUCGGCCUCCUGCUUCACGCGUGAGGAGGCGAUCGGGCCGAAUCGACAGUCGUGUCCCAGCAUGUGAACUCUUCUGCUUUUUAAACGCCAAACCUCUCCGACUGGAUGUCCCGCAGGAGUGAAUGCAGCAUGUCUUCUUCUCUCUCUCCCUCUGAUCUGCACCGCCGCCUCCGCAUGCCGUCCCAUGAUUCAUAGCUGCUGAAUAAUAGAUGCUCUCUUCAUAGAUCUCUGGAGGGCUUCGUCAGAACGCCCCGGCUCCGUCUCUCCUCGCUGCUCUUUCAUCCUUCGCUCCUCCAUAGGAAGCUCAGCGUGGUUUGCUUCUUCAUCUUCACCCGUCGUCCUCGUCAGCUCCCGCGUCUUUUCCCGCUCCCUUUCUCUGUAAUAUAAAGACGUAGCUGCUGCUUGUUUUUGCACCAGCUGUUCUCCUCAGGUGGUUGGUGGGUUUUUCCUCGUGACCCCGUGCAGUCCCGCGUUAACUGGGUGUGUGGUUUAAUGUGAGCGCUGGUGGACUCCCCCCGUCUCUCGGGGCUGAUCUCAGGGAGCUGUCUUUGCCUACAGACUUUAACUUCCACUUAAAGGAAGUGAAAUCUCACUGAUUAUGUUUUCUCUCCCUCUCCCCUCACUGCUGUCCUGUCAAAGUCAGCAGGUGGAGCUCAAGCUGACAAACAUCCUGGUGGAUCUUCACGUCAGCCUGUAGAUGCCCUCAGAUCUGUUUCACUGGGCAGCUCAUUGGGAAUGAGGUUUUUCAGAUUUUGAGGACGUUCCCCUCAGGAUGAAUCGAACAUCGAACAGAGCUGUUAUACAAGCUGGAGUUAAAUAACUGGAGACGAGCAGCUGUGAGAGACAGAACGAACACAUUUGCAGAUGAAGAACGAUGUGAUUGGUUGUAAAUCUGUAGAAACACCGGUUUGGUCCUUUACGGUGCAGCUGACUGACCUGAAGACCGUUUAUUCAUCUGAACAGUUGAUCGAAACAUGAAUGAAUUAUGAUCGUGACAUCUGUCAGAAUUAUAUUUAUUUUUUAAUGCAUCCUGGUCUCCAUGUGUCCCGGGUUUAAGGGUUAGACAGAGAUUUAGAAACAGCUGACGCACAUAAGACAGCUUUUAUCGUGCGUCAGCGUCUGUUUUGUCAUCAUCAGUGUUUUAAGGAAGACGGGAGCCGAAAAGGAAUUUGACUCGAGCUUGUUGCCAGCAGGUUUCCUCUCUGUGAUGAACAGGAAAAGGCUUUUACUGCUGCUGCUGCUGCUGCUGCUGGCCCACAGAGCAGAAUAACCCUCACCGGGUCCAAUUGUGAUAACACAACUGUUUUCUUCCACGUCUGUGUGUGUCUGGAUGGUCUUCCUCAGUGUUCCUUAAAAUUAUGUUUCUCCUGAACUGAGUUUCCAUUUUGGAUUUUCAUGGACUUUUUUUUUUAAAUAUAGAAAUGUUUGGAGGACGGUGGGAGAUUCAGGGAUGCCCUCUGAUGUUGCCUGUUGUGGAGGUCUUGUAUAAAGGAGCAGGCUGUUGUGAUGAUGAUGAUGAUGAUGAAGACUUAGACAAAAGAAAAAAACAUCUGUAAAACACUAUUCUGGUUUUUGGCUAAAGCUGCUGAGUGAUCUGAAGAGAGUGUGUGAGUGUGUGUGAGAAUGUUCUUCAAACACAAAGCUGAACAUUUUUCUUUUUUUAAAUUAUUGAUUGUACAGUUUGGAGGCAAGGUUAUGAAGAGAAAGAAUUUUUCACAAUAAAACUCUUGAAUG